CUUGAGGAAAAGGAGAAGCCCCUGGCAGUUUCUGCCCCACCCGAAGCUUGCCUAAACCUUGGCCCAGGAGUGAAGUCAUGCGGAGCCCAGAAUAGCUCCUGCUGAACUGCGUGGCCAGGUCAGGCUCAGCUCAGGGACAUAGAGACGCUCUCCCUCCCUCUGUCUGUGUUUCCCUCCUCCUUUUCCUCUCUCUGCUUUUGGUUCCUACCUCUCCUCCCCCCAACCCCCUUUCUCACAUGCUCACACUCUGCCUUCAUGAGCUGGUCCCCAGAAGAGUGCAGGGGGCAGGAAGAGCCCCCCGGUGACAGACAUGCCCUCUGUGCCAGGCUGGUGGAGAAACCCAGCAGAGGGUCUGCAGAGCACCCGGAGCCUGGCCAGGGACCCAUCGUUACCCGCACGGCCUCCGGACCUGCCCUGGCCUUCUGGCAGGCAGUGUUGGCUGGGGACAUAAGCACUGUGUCCCGUAUCCUCACGGACUCCAGCACCGGCCUGGCUCCAGAUUCCGUCUUUGAUACCAGCGACCCAGAGCGAUGGAGGGAUUUCCGCUUCAACAUCCGUGCUCUGAGACUCUGGUCUCUGACCUAUGAAGAGGAGCUGACCACUCCACUGCAUGUGGCAGCCAGCCGGGGCCACACGGAAGUUCUACGGCUGCUGCUGAGGCGCCGCGCGAGGCCUGACAGUGCCCCUGGGGGCCGCACCGCCCUGCAUGAGGCCUGUGCUGCAGGCCACGCUGCCUGUGUCCAUGUGCUGCUGGUGUCAGGAGCUGACCCCAACAUCCCUGACCAGGAUGGGAAACGCCCCUUGCACCUCUGCCGGGGGGCUGGCACCCUGGAGUGUGCAGAGCUGCUCCUGAGGUUUGGGGCAAAAGUGGAUGGUCGGUCUGAGGAGGAAGAGGAGACACCUUUGCAUGUGGCUGCCCGACUUGGCCAUGUGGAGCUGGCAGACCUGCUUCUAAGACGGGGGGCAUGCCCCAAUGCCCGUGAUGCCGAAGGCUGGACCCCACUGCUGACUGCCUGUGACACCUGCUGUACAUCCCCUGCUGACGCUGAGGCCACCACCGCCCGCUGCCUCCAGCUGUGCUGCUUGCUACUCUCAGCUGGAGCUGAUGCCGAUGCUGCCGACCAGGACAGGAGGCGGCCCCUGCACCUGGCCUGUCGCCGGGGCCAUGCGGCCGUCGUGGAGCUUCUCCUGUCCUGCGGUGUCAGUGCCAAUGCCAUGGACUAUGGGGGACACACAGCCCUGCACUGUGCUCUGCAGGGCCCAGCCGCAGCGCUGGCCCAGAGUCCAGAGCGUGCAGUGCGGGCUCUGCUCAACCAUGGUGCUGUCCGAGUCUGGCCUGGGGCCCUCCCUAAGGUGCUAGAGCGCUGGUGCAUGUCCCCGAGGACCAUUGAGGUCCUGAUGAACACCUACAGCGUCAUGCAGCUUCCUGAGGAGGCCAUGGCCCUGGUGCCUCCUGAAAUUCUGCAGAAGCACCACAAUUUCUACUCCUCCCUGUUCGCCUUGGUGAGGCAGCCCAGAUCCCUACAGCAUCUGAGCCGCUGUGCACUCCGCACGCACCUGGCAGCCUGCCUGCCCCACGCCCUGCCCCGCCUUCCGCUGCCGCCCCGCCUGCUCCGCUACCUGCAGCUGGAUUUCGAGGAUGUGCUCUACUAGAUGUCCACUUCCCUUGAGAGAGCCUGAAAGCAGAUGCCCCAGGCCCCAGGGGGUGCCGGCCCACUUCUCACAGUGCUCCAAACCCAGGACUGAGGUGAACCGACUCAGGCCAAGGUGGCUCUCUCAGCAGGAGGUCCCCUCCACAGGCAGAUGUGGAUGUUGCCAGUCCUACCAGGGAGAGGUGGAUGGACCAUGCAGCCAGGCAAUGUCUGACGGAGAGAGAGCUAGGACUCAUGGCAAGUGAUACACUCCUCUUGGGGGUCUCCUGAGGUCCCCCUUCAGCCUGUCUAAACCUUGUUUGCACAUUAAAAGU